UUGGACAGGUAAAACAGGUACGAGACUGUGUGAAGGUGUGUCUCUUGUUUGUCGAUGUAACUUACGAUUUUAUAAAAGAGGGCAUCUUAAAAAAGCCAAUUUACUUACGCCGAUCUCUUUCUUGAGAGAACAGUAGGAUGAAGAAUGAGGGAGAGACGGCACAACGGCCUGACAACACAGCCUUCACACAACAAAGGCUCCCAGCAUGGCAGCCCGUGCUCUCUGCUGGCAUUGUCAUUCCUGGUUUUCUAGUCAUUGGUUUGGCCUUCAUAGGGAUCGGUGUUGGCUUGUUUCUGACCUCACAGACCAUCCAAGUGCAAGAGAUGGAUUACACAGGUGUUGCGACGGACUCGCCCUGUUUCCGCUGUUCGAUGAUAAGUAGCCAAAACUGCACCUGUGAAAUCACAUUCUCCCUCGACAAAAUGUUUACGGGUCCUGUCUUCUUUUACUAUGGCUUGUCUAAUUACUACCAGAACUUCAGGAAAUAUGGCGUGUCCUUGGACUAUUAUCAGCUCUCUGGCGAUACACAAUAUUUCACGAGUCCACAAUCUGUCUGCUCUCCAUAUAGUUAUGACUCCCAAAACAGACCCAUUGUCCCAUGUGGCGCUAUAGCAAACAGCAUGUUCAACGACACAUUUGAGCUCUACCAAAUAAUCAAUGGUACCAAAAAUCUGGUGCCAUUAGAUGGUAAAGGCAUAGCUUGGUGGACUGAUUACAACAUCAAGUACAGGAACCCUUCAUCUGUCAAUGGCUCUUUAGCAAAUGCUUUUGUUGGUACAGUGAAGCCAAUAAAUUGGCCCAAACCAGCAUAUGACCUGGAUCCCACAGACCCCAACAACAAUGGUUUUCUGAACCAGGACUUCCUCGUGUGGAUGAGGAGAGCAGCACUUCCUCAGUUCAGAAAGCUUUACCGGCGAAUCACAGAGGGCAAUUAUGCCGCGGGUCUCCCUGCUGGGAACUACUCUCUGACAGUCCAUUACAAUUACCCAGUACUGACUUUUGAUGGUCGUAAGAAGGUGGUCUUCAGUAACGUGUCUUGGAUGGGAGGGAGGAACGAUUUCUUGGGCAUUGCUUAUUUAGUGGUUGGCUCAUUAUGUGUGGUCAUGUCAAUAAUUAUGCUCAUUGUUUAUGCUAAGUUCAAAUUCUCAGAUGAUGAUGAUGCAUGAUGACCCAUAAAGAAAAAAAAAACAAGAAAGGAAAGAAACAUUGGGUGUAAUUGAUAGUUUUCAAACAACAACAAUGACACAUUAUAAAACGUCUUUUGGCAUUCACAUGCUAAAUAAUUUUAACUUCAGGCCAAUUAUUUAUUUAUUUUAAAGCAUUAUUUGUUUACUUAAAUAUAUAUGAGCAGAUGUUCUUUAGACUUGAGGAAAAACUCUAUUAUACUAAUGUUCAGAGAAAUGACUUCAAUGUGAAAUCUUCAUCUUCAUUUUAGAAUAUGAAGAUCCAGUUUGUUACCAAGAGCAAGGGUAAUUCAGGGACUGUUAGAGGUGUUUUGUAUCUGUCUACUUUUUCUAUGAUUGUCUCAGGUAUAAAUAGAUGUUUACGGAUAAAUUUUGUUUUUUUUUUCUGGACAACAAUCUACACGUAGCAAAGUCAAAAUUAUUUUUAUAUUGUAAAAUCCUCCACUACAAAGAAAUUUUUAACAGAUACGAAAUAUAGAGACAGUCUCAGGUGCCAUGUCUACUUGUCAAAUGCAUUGCUGUGUUAAGGCUUUGUGUUUGUUUAGUUGAAUAUAUUGAGAAUUAAAAUGUAUUGCAAGUUGUAUAUUUUCUGUCAUAAACUUUAAACGCUGUUUUAUAAUAUUAAAGUUUGCACAUUUUAUUUCUGUCUUAUAAUACACAAUAAGCCAUAACAGCAGCACUGUUUUUGUUGUUAGUUUAACAGAGAUGAAUGUUUUUUUAUUUCCAGGCAAUGAAAACUUUGUGCUUUUACAGUGCCAUUUGUGCUGGACAAUUAAAUGAAAGUGAAGGGCAAAUCUUGACUGCCUCAUGGAGUCUUCGUUUGCACGCAUCACUGAUAUCGAUCCCUGUUAGUGAAAGAGGUUUUAUUUGGGAGCAGUUUUCUGUGCAGGGUUUUACUUUAAUUCCACACAGUGCUGCAGUGUUUUUGAAGUUCAAUAUUUGAGGAGCAAGGAUAAAACUUCAGACUGAAUCUGCUCUAAAUGAAAUGCUUUGAUCAUAUUUUAAUAAAUAAAAAACUUUUCAUUGCCUGGGCUUGAUUUGGAAUGUAAUUUGGAUCUUAUUAAACCAUAUUUUUAGACAUUGUCUGCACAUUGGUUUUGCAAGUAAAUGAGACUUUCAAUAAAUUAAAAUUUGGGACUAA